AUGCAGCGGUCGCUUCGGUUACUUGCCCUGCUGGUGGUGGGCUUUGUGGCAACGUACCACUGUGACGAUGUGGUUCCAGUGACCAGUACGGAGGAGGCUGCUAUCGAAACCGUCACAGCGGAACCGGUGACCGGUGAUAAUAAGUGUAUCGAACUGUCCAGUGAUGGUCUAGAGGAAAUCCGUUGUGAAAAGUGCUGUGCGGAGGAACAAUUUACAACCGUGUCGAUGGAAUCCGAAGAAAGUACCACCCAAGAGGGUGAAUUUAUAGUGAGCAGUGCCGUCACAACUACUCUUGAUAGUACCACCACAACCACCACUACCAAACCAUCCGUAAGGACUCACAGUCGAAUGGUUCGCUUCGGAGCCAAACGAAGGAUGUCGCGACCAACCACGGUCGAACCAACGCAACGCAAACCAACGGCUAAUUCGCGAACGUUGCUUAACCGGCGUGGCCUGUUCAAUCCCGAACUACGCAAUCGUUAUCUAGGACGAUUCCGUAGUACUACCACCACUACUGAGCCAACCAAUUAG